UGCCACUUAAAGACAAUCAAGACCAGCCAUGUCUUCCGAUCCCAGUUCAGAACCUUCGAUAGAGCCUGCGGCAGAACCUACGGCGGAGUCAUUAACUAUCCGGCUUGAGCGGAUCGAGACCGCAGGAUUAUAUGGGUUUACCGACUUUGGCACCGCCGGCUUUCACGAAGCUGCGCCGUAUUUUAUCUCUCUCUAUACGAGUCUCAUACAACUACUCGGCGAAAUUGCCAGAGUAAAGGUUAAGGAUGGUGCUGAUGCCGAGCGUGAGCUUUUCGGUAGAGGGGUUAAAUUUCUUGACACCUGUCACGAUUUCGUACGGGACAAUAUCGAAGAACUGAUGAAGUUCAAGAACUUCCACUAUAAGCUAUGGGCUCGCCUCGAAAACUUCUCUCAACAACCUUUCACCUCUUCCAACAAAAACAUUUCGAGACACAUCACGCAAAUGACAUUAUUGGCUGGUAAUAACGCGCCCCCAGCAUCACAAUCGUGGGUCGGUGACGCCUUACCCGAGCAUAAAAGAUUUGUCAGGGCAUAUAACGAAUUCAUGGGCCUUGAAGAUUGGCAACUUCGGACUGAUGCAGAUCGCCGCGAACUUAUUUUCUUUUCACAAGAAAUCCUUGAUCAGGCACUUCUCGGUCUUCGGAUGCCUAUGGUUUCUAUACAGAUACACAAAGAAUUGUUUCGCGAGGGCGGGCGCCCUACGUACAUUGAUUUCCCAAGCGACGCGGAAGAGUGGCUGUACGGGUUAGGGCAACGGCCGGGAGUACUAGAUCUGAAGCUGAAGCUUGGCGGCAAGCUUACCCCUGAGGAAGAAGAGAAGAAGAAGCAGGCCCAACAGGAGCCCAAAAAGAGACCACAGCCGUCUUCUGAAUCAAACCAGCCAGGUCUAAAAAAGACGCGUCUCCUAGAGAACUACACUAUAACGAUGGAUAACGUCGACGCUGAUAUUGAAGACAUCUAUAGCGACGCAGCUUUCAUGGAUGUAUUCGAGAGGCCUGGGUACGAGAGACUUCUCAACCCCACCGUUGAGAAUCGGGAGGACACCUUAAACAGUUACGCACCCGAGUUUUCCAAGAGAUUAAGGAUAUGCCGGAGAAAUUAUUACAGACCAGAAGCUCCCCCGAGCUCGCAGGAUCGACGGGAUCAAAUCCUCAAGCAGAUGGAGAAUGACAUACCCCGACUCCGAGACGAAAUACACGAGAAGGCCGAAAUUAUCACCAGCCCUUCCAAGUUAAAGGAAGCAAGGGUAGCUGCUUAUACUCUCAAAUUCAUCCGGGCGCUUUACAUGAAAUUAGUACUGUCAGCAACGCCAGAAAUGUCGUCUGAUAAGAUGAACCGGGCACUAAGGGAUCGUCUCGACGACUGGAUAUUACACGAGCAGGCCUGGAACGCGGGCGAUGACAGGGCCAUCAACAACCCUCGCACGGCGGCCGCCAGGAAGAGCUGGCUGAUGAGGUUCGUCGACGCCAGAAACGAGAACAUCGAGAAGUGGUGGGUCCUACGGGACCAGCUAGACGCGCAAAUAAACAGCCAGGCCAAACGCGACGCCGAAGCCGACAACAGCGAAGCACAGGGAGAGAAGGAGAAGGAGAAGGAGGCGCCCGAAAAGGCCGGAGACAAGACCGAACCGGCCAACAAACCCGAAGAGGCCGAGAAGAAGGCUGCUAAACGUACUCCGGUUUACUGGGUCGAGCCCCGGAAACCGUCUAAGACGGUUUUCUUCGACGAGAGAUUCGAGCGGCGGCGUGAAGACCGCGCAAGAGCGGCCGCGAAGACGAGGCUUAUAGGGCCGCCCGCCCCAGGGCAAUACUACAGCAAUGAAGAACAGUAUCGUCUAGAAGACGAGCACAGCGCCCAACUGGCCAUCAACUUCCCGUCUCAGGGCGGUCCACCCAAGUUCCAGGACAUGCCCAAGAAUACCAUUUACGACAAGAUUAUAUACAUGCUCGUCAUGACGCAUUGGCGUUUCUACCAGGGGCUGUCUGUUAUAUGA